GUAGGAAGCGGAGCUGUGCAGGGGUCGGUAACUACGGUCACAUUGUGUGUUCUGGACGUGUAUUGUCAUUCUAUAUAUAUAUAUAUAUCAGCUCCCAAAGUGAAGCCUGUGAAAGUGGAAGUAAAGCUUUUGUGUUAAUAAUAAAGCUGUCCCGGGACUAAGUGCCUAUUCAUUCGCCGAACGAUCAUCUUUGUCUGCACAUUGACAGGACGCGAAGACGAUGAGGUUAUCUCCCCGGGCAGCUCUCUCGCCUCCAGAGAUCAUUUGCAGCCGCUGCAGCCAGACCUGUAACAACAAGGAACUUGGAAUCCGAAUUCCACGACCACUAAGACAAGGACCCAGCAGAUUUGUUCCUGAAGAAGAGAUUCUGCAGGUGGCAAGUGAGGAUGCAAACAUGCAUUCUGUGUUUGCUGAUGCUUUUGUAGAUUUGGGUCGCUUAGAUAACAUUACCCUAGUGAUGGUAUUUCACCCUCAGUACUUGGGCAGCUUCCUGAAGACUCAGCAUUACUUACUGCAAAUGGAUGGGCCCCUCUCGCACUGUUACCAGCACUACAUUGGCAUCAUGGCAGCAUCUAGGCAUCAGUGUUCCUAUCUUGUUAAUCUUCAUGUCAAUGACUUUAUACAUCAUGGAGGGGACCAAAAGUGGUUAAAUGGCCUGGAGAAUGCCCCCCAAAAGUUGCGUAACCUUGGGGAGCUGAACAAAAUGCUAGCACACCGGCCGUGGCUCAUCACAAAAGAGCAUAUUGGGCAAUUGCUAAAAGCUGGAGAACACAGCUGGUCUUUGGCAGAAUUAAUUCAUGCAAUCGUUCUUCUGGCUCAGUACCACUCCUUAGCCUCUUUCACAUUUGGUUGUGGAAUUAACCCAGAAAUACACAGUGAUGGUGGCCACACUUUCCGCCCUCCCUCUGUUGGCAACUACUGUAUAUGUGAUAUUACCAAUGGCAACCAUGGGAGUGAAGGACAUCAUCCUGUUGGAAGUGUGAUGCCAACAGACUCCUCUUGUGAAGUUGAAGCUUUGAUGGUAAAGAUGAAGCAACUUCAAGAAGGCAGAGAUGAAGAAGAGGCAAGUCAGGAAGAGAUGGCAACUCGUUUUGAGAGAGAGAAAACUGAAAGCAUGGUGUUUGCUACAGAAGAUGAAGACAUUCCUCCAGAUAUAGAUGUUUCCCGGCAUUUCGAAGAUACUAGUUAUGGUUAUAAAGAUUUCUCCCGACGAGGGAUGCAUGUGCCUACUUUUCGAGUGCAGGAUUACAGCUGGGAAGACCAUGGCUAUUCACUAGUUAAUCGCCUUUAUCCAGAUGUUGGGCAGCUAUUAGAUGAAAAGUUCCACAUUGCUUACAACUUGACUUAUAAUACCAUGGCGAUGCAUAAAGAUGUGGAUACUUCAACUUUAAGACGUGCAGUAUGGAAUUAUGUCCACUGUAUGUUUGGUAUAAGAUAUGAUGAUUAUGAUUAUGGAGAAAUCAACCAGUUAUUAGAUCGCAGUUUCAAGGUUUACAUUAAAAAUGUGGUGUGCAGUCCCGAGAAGACUUCAAAGAGAAUGUAUGAUGGAUUUUGGAGACAAUUUAAGCACUCUGAAAAAGUACAUGUAAAUUUGCUUCUUAUGGAAGCAAGAAUGCAGGCAGAACUGCUUUAUGCUCUGAGAGCAAUUACUCGAUAUAUGACCUGAUUUUUUCUACCUGACUGGAGGAAAAAAGAAAAAAAAACUACAAAAAACUAAAGAAUGUUGAAAAGGCAAAAAUCUCCCGGCGUGAUCGGAAGACUAUGGCAGCUGCCUUUUCAGAAAUCCUUUGUGCCAUAUUUCUCAUCAUAUCAACUGUUGGCUUACUAUCACCACCAACUUGUAGUGAACUUGAAUGUGUAAAGAAGAGAUGCCAAGUUUCGGCCUCUAGCAACGGACACAUAUGCUUGAACUGAGCUUUAUAAGAUAGCGGACGUUAACCGUAUAUCAGGAUGUGGUUACAAUGGUUGUAUGAAAGACAUUUCAAGAGGAUGGACUGGGAUAUCUCUGCCUAUUUUCUCCUAAGGUGCACACAACAUGAGAUUAAGAUGGCACUGCUGUUUCAGCAACUGACUAUAGCUGAAGAGAAAACAGGUGCAGGCAGCCACAUUAAGCUAAAUGACAAGUGCUACGUGAACACUGCUACAGUCUGAGCCUAGUGAAAGAGACUUACAAAAUACAUUUGUGCAUGCUCUGAAGCCAGCCUUAUAUGGCAACAUACUUCCUUGCUUAAUUCCCAGGUUCCAUCUUGCUCUUUAGCUACGUGUUUAGUUAUAAGAAGCUGUGUUUUUUUUUUUUUUUUAAUUAUAUAUAUUUUUUUCAUAAUGGUUGAAACUUAAGUUGUCUUCCUGAAGAUGUAUAUAUGUUUAAGUAGGUAUGUUCUAUACUAUAAAAUGACUACAGGGAUUGUAGAAUACCUCUUGGUUAUGGGGUGCACACUUUGUAACAGUUCCAAUCUUUCUUUCAAGCUGCUGCUCUGUUACUAGCAGUUAACGUUGAGAACAAAAGAACAGAGGCAGGAAAACUGUCUCGUGUAAUGCAGGCUUCCUCGUAACUGCAGAAUUGUUGACACUGCAACUCAGAAAAGAGUCCUUUAUUUCUAUUUCUUUCUUAACAUCGACUUUCAGGUCUGUUUUUUAGAUGCUGACUUUGAGGGAGGCAAAAUAAAAACGUUAAAAUGGACGAAACCCAUUGUGUUCUGAAAAUAUGCUAUGAAAACUCUUUUUUUUUUUUCAAUCUGUCAGUAUUAUUGACAUUUUUUUAAAUAAAACAUUUAAAACAA